AUGCGCAAGCGUCCGACCGCAGCAGCCGCCGCCGUCUCCUCCAUCGACCGGGAAGCCGUGUCUCUCAAGAAGAAGAAGCGCGAUGGAAGGGGCAUCUCAAGGGCCAACCUGGCGUUCUGGGGCCUCGUGGUGCUGUUGGCCGCCAUUCUUCUGCGGUCUCCAGUGUUCACGCAUGCCCCGACCGAGGACGAAAAAGUUGCGGCCUUUAUGGACUGGUUCCACGCUGCUGGGGGCAAUACCAGCAGCAAAAUUAAGAUCCAAACAUUCCCCGGAAUGGGGAGAGGUGUUGUGGCUUUGGAGUCUGUGGAGGAGGAGGACGAGCUGCUUUUCGUACCGAAGAGCAUCAUCAUGUACGUGUUGCUGAAGAUUGCCCAAUGGCGGGUUUUGGCUCAUCUUUCUUGUUGUUAA